UCUGGGACUAGUUUGUUACUAAUCACGUCCGGCAGUUCCGAGGUUCCGGGCUUUGCUGUCGCGUGCCGAAUGCCUUGUUCCUUCUUUAGUGGCGGAACUACAUCAUCACUCUCGCUCAAAUUCUUAGUCUCCAACUUCCACUUUGCACUACAGACCUUUUCACCGUGUCGCUCUUCCGUGCUCUCCAGGCUGUUUCGAAACAGCGCGACGUCACGAAUCACAUUCAGAUGGGUUUACUUAGCCGGCUCAAUCCGACUCCUGGUUUCCCUUCUUACUCCGGCCCAUACCAUGUAGGCUCGACCGAUGUCGAGAUUCCAGUCACAGACUUAGAAUCACCGGCACAGCCCUCUCCUAUCAAUAUACCGACCGUUUCCUUCCGUAUAUUCUACCCUUGCCAAUCGGAGGCGCAACAGCGAGAUGUUCGAUGGAUACCAAAUCCGCAGAGGGAAUAUAUUGGAGCCUAUGCUCGAUUCUUGGGGGCUAGUUCUGCAUUCUCUCACCUCUUCUCCGUCCUUCCGCAGCUUCUCUACUACAUCUCGAUCCCAGUCCACAACAACGCUGCAUUACUAGAACCACCCACAAAAUCAAAAAAAUGGCCUGUAAUGGUAUUCUCACAUGGCCUUGGGGGCUCAAGGAAUUCGUACUCUCACCUAGUUGGAUCUUUGGCGAGUCAUGGAAUCGUAGUUAUCGCACCAGAUCAUAGGGAUGGGAGCUCUCCGAUAUCGUUCAUCAAUGUCACGGCUGCGAAGAACGGGCUAAGGAGAGUGGAGUAUAGAAAGGUGGCCCAUAAAGCAUCCACCGAGGUCUACGAGAAUAGAGAUGACCAGCUGAGAAUAAGAUUGUGGGAACUAGGGCUCAUCCAUGACGCCCUGCUAAGAAUAGAGAAAGGAGCUCCGCCGAAAAACCUUGGCCAAUAUCGUGCGAAGAACGGUCGGGAUGACAUCCUCUCCAUGUUUUCACAGCGCCUUGAAGUUGAGGAGCCGGGAUCCAUAUCAUUCGCAGGACAUUCGUUUGGCGCAGCAACGAUGGUCCAGUUUGUGAAAUCAGUGUUUUACCGCUUCAACCCACAUGGCACGAGCUACAAACCAUUAUUUACUCCGUUGGACACUUCUGAAAUAGUCCGUCAAGUAGUACCGACAACCCCAGUGAUACUCUUGGAUUUGUGGACGCUCCCUAUCCAGAGCCCGGGAACAGCCUGGCUGAAGGAGAAGCCAAUGCCUUGCUAUGCUUCUCCCGGAGGCGGAUCAAAUCUUCUAGCCAUUCUGAGCGAAGCCUUCUAUAAGUGGACCUCAAAUUUCAAGGAAACGAAACAGGUCAUUGCCAAGCCUUCACCGACCGACAACUCCAAGCAACCAGGACCACACAUCUUCUACCCCAUCGCUUCAGCUCAUCUCUCACAAUCAGAUUUUGGGAUCCUGUUUCCCUGGGUUACGACAAAGAUCUUCGGCGCUAAAGAACCUGAAAGGGUGCUUAGGUUGAACGUGCGAGCAAUUCUUCAGGUUCUGAGGAACAAUAACAAGGAGGUCGCAAGCACGAGCAUUAGAGACCUUGAAAUAGAUGAAGAAAAUGAUGGAUACCUCAAGAAACCGACGUUCAGCCCGUUUGAGGAUGAGACAAUCCUCAGCACGGAGAAGAAUGCAGUUAGGGCAUGGAUGUCAUUGAGCACCGAUGCAAAGUCAAAUGAAGACUUAGUGGGGACAGAUAAAGGACUGGUGGAUGCAGUGGUUGAAGGAGAAGUACUGGGUGAGAUGAGGAGUGAACCUGAGCGUUCAUGAUGGUGUAGGCCACUAUUUUCUCGUAUAUCAACCUGUAUGUAUAUAUUCAUGAUCGUUCAGCGUCCAUUGCCAUGCUUUCUGGGCUCAUGCCUCCCCCCGUCGUCACUAUAAUGUACUUUAACUCAAAACAUUGGUUCUC